UUGAAGAAGUGACAGGUCGUCGACUCCCAGAGAACUUCAUGGAUGGCCUAAAGGAUGGGGUCAUUCUGUGCGAGCUAAUCAACGUCCUCCAGCCUGGUUCUGUUAAAAAGAUCAAUAAUUCCCCUCAGAACUGGCACCAGUUGGAAAACAUUGGUAAUUUUGUCCGGGCGAUAACAGAAUAUGGGCUGAGGCCUCAUGACAUCUUUGAGGCCAACGACCUGUUUGAGAAUGUCAACCACACACAGGUCCAGAGUACACUCAUCGCAUUGGCUGGCAUGGCCAAAUCUAAAGGCUUCCACACUAAACAUGACAUAGGGGUGAAGUAUGCGGAGAAGCAGCAGCGAAAGUUUGCUCCAGAUAAACUGAAGGAAGGGCGAAACAUCAUCGGCCUACAGAUGGGCACGAACAAGUUUGCCAGCCAGAAGGGUAUGACAUCAUAUGGCACAAGACGUCACCUGUAUGAUCCAAAGACAGGCAUGGACAACCCAAUUGACCAGUCUACUAUAAGCCUUCAGAUGGGAACCAACAAAGGCGCCAACCAGUCUGGGAUGACGGCCCCCGGCACUAAGAGGCAGAUCUUCGACAAGAAGCUAGACAUGGAACACUGCGACACCUCCGUCGUCUCUCUACAGAUGGGCACCAACAAGGUGGCGUCCCAGACUGGCAUGACAGUGUACGGGCUUCCGCGCCAAGUCUACGACAGCAAGUACUGCAGUAACCCGGAGGUCUACCUUAACAACGGUUUAGAGCAGAUGGAUGGGUAUCAGUAUUCUGACUGA